AGUCUACCGACUGACACUGGACCAUGUUUUGCAUCAAUGCGUCGUUACGCAUACAACCCAUCUACGAGAAGAUGCGAAAUUUUCACAUAUGGAGGUUGUCAAGGCAAUGGCAACAAUUUCGAGACAGAAGAAGAGUGUGAACGUCGUUGUGGAGGUUCAGGAACUGGUUCACCUCCAGAGACAGGUGGCACUGUCAGUGGUGAUGUGUGCAGUCUCCCAUCUGAAAUGGGUCCAUGUAGUGACUAUGUGCUGAAAUACACCUACAACACAUCCUCUGGUCGUUGUGAGAUGUUCUACUAUGGUGGUUGUGAGGGAAACGACAACAGAUUUGAGAAUUUGGUGGAAUGCCAACAACGUUGUGAAUCGUCUGUGUCGAGAGAACGACCACCACCAGAAGGAACCGAGGACAUCUGCAGUAAACCGAUGGAUACAGGACCAUGUCGAGGAGCAAUGCGACGAUAUGGGUACAAUCCCACGACUCGAAGAUGCGAAAUCUUCACUUAUGGAGGUUGUCAAGGCAACGACAACAAUUUCGAGACAGAAGAAGAAUGUGAACGUCGUUGUGGAGGUUCGGAAAUGGGUUCCCCACCAGAAACAGGUGGUGUCGGUAGUGAUGUGUGCAGUCUCCCUUCAGAAAUGGGUCCAUGUAGUGACUAUGUGCUGAAAUACACCUACAACACAUCCUCUGGUCGUUGUGAGAUGUUCUACUAUGGUGGUUGUGAGGGAAAUGACAACAGAUUUGAGAAUUUGGUGGAAUGCCAACAACGUUGUGAAUCAUCUGUCAAACCGGUUGAUCCCGGACCAUGUCGAGGAGCAAUGCAACGCUAUGCGUACAAUCCCUCAAUGAGAAGAUGUGAAGUCUUCACUUAUGGAGGUUGUCAAGGAAACGACAACAAUUUCGAGACAGAAGAAGAGUGUGAACGUCGUUGUGGAGGUUCGGAAAUGGGUUCCCCACCAGAAACAGGUGGCACUGGUGCCAUUGGAGUCUUCACUUAUGGAGGUUGUCAAGGAAACGACAACAAUUUCGAGACAGAAGAAGAGUGUGAACGUCGUUGUGGAGGUUCAGGAACUGGUUCCCCACCAGAGACAGGUGGCACCGUUGGCGAUGUGUGUAGUCUUCCUUCAGAAAUGGGUCCAUGUAGUGACUAUGUGCUGAAAUACACCUACAACACCUCAUCUGGUCGUUGUGAGAUGUUCUACUAUGGUGGUUGUGAGGGAAAUGACAACAGAUUCGAGAAUAUGGAGGAAUGCCAAAAACGUUGUAUGUUGAUAUGGCGUGCUAAUUUGCAUGAAUUGAAUGGAAUGUGCUCUAAUGCCCAUUCGCUUGUCAUAUGUUUAUUUGUUUUUAAUUUGUUGGCUUAUUUUGUGUUGAUUGAUGUGAGUAAAAUGGGAAUUGUUUAUUUGUGUUUUGAAGACCCGUGUGCUGGAGUUCGUUGUGGUCGCAAUGCCUACUGUGUGAGUGGAUAUUGCUAUUGUGAACAAGGACAUGAAGGUGAUGCGAAUGUGGAGUGUCGACCAUCACAUUCGCUCUCCAAAUGUACGAUCGAUGGCUUUUUAAUCAUCCCUGUAUUAUUUUGCCUCCUUGAUUUUUUUUUUAAAAUUUUUCUGAGUCAGGUCUUUGUUUUCCAGGUCACUCUGAACUCUGUGGUGGUUAUCGCUGCGGUGAAAAUGCCCAAUGCGUUGAUAGACAAUGUGUAUGUAAUGAGGGCUACUAUGGUGAUCCCUUUCAAUCUUGCCGUUCCAUUGGUGGUGCUUGUGACAUACGGUUUGUUCAAAUAUCCACCAUCCAAUCCAAAAUGCCGUCUGCCGAUUGCAGCUGGAAAUUGUUUUGGACGUAUAAUCAGCUACGGCUACGAUUCAAGAAGUGGACGUUGUGAACAAUUCAUCUACUCUGGCUGUUCGGGAAAUGAAAAUCGUUUCAACACUUAUGAAGAAUGUGAAAGGGAAUGCAGAGUUUCCGAAGUUAUUGGUAUGGAUAACUGUUCAGAAAUUGCUAAAUUAAAAGGUGUUAAGUUGAAGUUCUACUGGUCACUGCUCAAUCAAUGUGAUGGAAAAGAUCUUAUUGAAGUCAUGACUUUAACAGAGGAAAUUAUGCAUCUAGUACUGGAGCUGUGCAAUCUACCUCUGAUAACUGGACCGUGCCAGGGAUCAGAAGUGAGAUAUGGCUUCUUUCCGCCAUCUGGGCUAUGCGAACCCUUUCGGUACAGCGGAUGUGGCGGAAAUGAGAAUAGCUUUGCUACCAAACUUGAAUGCGAAAUCGUCUGUAACGGUAGUAUUAGGUGCUACGAGUAUGGAUCCUAUUUCACUGCACGAAGUCACUCUAUAACCGAAAUAAUUUCUUCAGUCUCCUGUUCAAAUGCCAUGUGCGGUGAGAACGCAGUCUGCGCUUCUGGGUCAUGUGUCUGUCUGCUAGGAUACGAAGGCAAUCCUCGAGUAAGUUGUAAGCGAACGCGUCUCAAGUUGGGUCUAUCAUACGAGGGUGGAAUGGUUUCAGGUGCGAAAAAAAUCUGA